UUUUGAUUCAAUUAUUUUUAAUAUUUUUUAUCUAAAGAGAAAUUUAUGGAUUUUGGAAUGAAUAUAUUUAGAAAUCAUAUAGGAAGCUUACAAAACUUUCAUAAAGAAAGAUUUAUCAAUCUUCAGUCCUUCAAAGAAUUUCUUGAUUUUCGAAGACUUGCAUGGCCAGGAAGUAUUGUUGAUAUACAACAGCGUAUGCGUUAUAAUCUUUCACGAUUUUCAUCUAACUAUGCUAUUUGCUUUGGACUAAUUGUUCUUUACUUUUUACUUACAAAUCCAUUAUUACUCUUUAUUCUUUUAUUUGUUACAGGUGGCCUAUUUGGCAUAAACCGCCUUAAUGGCCAAAAUCUUCACAUAGGAUCAUUUCAUUUAACACCUUCACAGCUAUAUACGGCAUUGCUUAUUAUUGCCAUUCCUCUUGGAUUUAUUGCUUCUCCUAUAUCAACAAUUCUUUCCAUUAUUGGUGCUAGUAGUAUAACUAUCAUAGGUCAUUCUAUUCUAUUAGAACCUCCAGUGGCAUGUGCUUUUGAGGACGGGGAUGCUUAGAAGUUAAUGUAUAUAUAAUUAAUUUUUAUCUAAAAUAACCAUAUA